AUGCGGCAUAUCGGUUAUUCCUCGGACGCGCCGGAGUGUUACAAUAAGACUAACUCCUUUACGACUCCGCAGCCUACGAAGCGUCCGGGCAGCAGGUACAGCGCCCGGCGCGGGGAUAAUUCCGCAGCUUCCACUGGCGGGUUUCGAACCAGCGGGCGCGCACGACUCAGCGAACCAAGACCGCGAUUGGGAGUCGGGGUGGAGAAGCUGGGAGUGGACCGGGAGAAGGGCGGGGGUGACACGGGCUACUCCACAGCGGCCAGCAGCCAUGCCUCCGGCCGGCGACUGACCUUUCAAGACAUAGAUGCGGACCGACCCGGAGACCGACCCGGAGACCGACCGGUGGACCGGCCGUCGUUUCCACGGGACAAAGGCGAAGACACACGUGGCUAUAACCACGGUCCAGGCUACAGCCAGAGCCAGAGCCAGGGCCAGAGUCCCCGUCUAGGCUAUAGCCAGAGUUUGGGUUACAGCCAGGGUCUGGGUUACAGCCAGGACGGCGAUAGGGACAGCGACGACGAGUGUUGCUACAAUCUGACGAGUAGCCAUUUACCGAGUCCGAGCCGCGCGGGCCUGACGAGCUCCGACGGUGAUGACGACGACUUGGAGGAGUGCUUGCAGAGUUUAGAGACGGCCGUUCUGACCCCUUCCGGCGAAGGUCGGUCUGAGGAUGGCGGGUCAGAAGAUGACCGGUCGGGGGAUGGCCUGUCGGUAGAUGACCGGUCGGAGGAUGACCUGUCUGAAGACGAGCGAUACAUCCUCGACGGCGAGGCGACUGAUGAGCGGCGGCGGCGAAAGGGCCGGCAUCGUAUGCGAGCGGAAUCAGGGCAGUCACGGGAGCGGUCUGUAGCGUCAGGUUGGUCCGGCGCGGAUAGUGAGAGGCGACGGCGCGCGCGUGUGUCAGCUUUGGUUCGACGGAUGAAACAGAAGGUAAACAAUCUGGUUAGUCGUGAAGGCAGUAGCGUAUUUGAGGAGCCUAGUUCAGCGGCAUUACAUCGAAUUAAGCGGGUGUGGGUAGACGUGGAUAUGUUGCCUCAUCAGGCCCGGUACUAUGCAUUGUUAUUACUGGAGUUCCGACGACAGAUAAAUGAGAAUGAUAUGAUUCAGUCUCUGGUGCAGAUGAUUGCGUACCUUCGGGUAGCUGCUAAUGCCGCUGAAAUGCUGCCUGAGAAACUUCUACUUCAACUCCAACUCGGUCUUGAAGACCGUGCACUGGACCUUAAAGGCAUUCUCGCAGACAUACUCGAUGAUCCAACCGACAGUUGCCAUAUCUGUUUCGAUAUGCGCCCUGACGCACGCAUCAAUUGCGGACACACAUUCCAUCGCACAUGUGUCUGUCAGUGGGUACAAAACCAUGACGACUGUCCCGUCUGCAAGACACCCGUACAAGCCCUUGUCGAUGCCAGUCCAGUUGACAGCGCCCUACGCAAGGCCGGCAACCUCUCUCGCGAACAAAAAAUCUGCGACAUCAACCAAAAAGUGCCCUGGGUCCUUUCUAACAAAUACCAACGAAUAAUUGACUGUAUCGAAUACGAGGUCAAGCACGCUGCCAAAUUCAGAUGUCUGAUUCGCUUCGUCGUCGUCUCGAGCUUCACCGCUAUGGUUGAAGGAUUCUCGCGGACGUUGGCUGUGUAUGGAAAAGUGCCUUACGACGUUAUUUUGCCACAGACCGGGAAGCUGAAGGCCUACAGUAUUCUAAAGAAGUUCAGUGCUUCUCUCGAACCCCGUCUUCUGCUGUACCAUGCUGCCGCCAUCAAGUCUAAACAUGUACAGAACUCACAUUACCGCACACCCCACAAUGAAGUUAGGGCACACGAAUGUUUGGUAGGAUUUAUCGACCACUACACACGUGUAUUUUAUGGAUCCGUGGAAAGAUACGGAUGUGCAGAGAGUGGUUUUGGGUUGUGUUCUGAGCUCAGGUAUUGGAGGACACGAGGUACUAGUAGCGGACUUCGUGUCAUCCGGCUCGAUUGA